AUGUUGGACCUCACAUUGAGAGCCGAAGAUAAUCGAGACCUUGUUACAGCAACAUCAUCGCUUCUGGAGAAAUGUCUACCGGAUCUUGUCCAAUUGCCAGCCGCCUACGAAGACUUUGGAUCUGACCUUUUCGAUCCAAUUGCGCCCUCAUCUCUGCUGCAAUUAUGCUUCGAAUAUGCAUCGAAUCGAGCGACGGCGUUGAUGACGAACAACGGCAGUAAUGGUCCUCUUCACGUACGACUUUACGAGGCCAGCUCUACUGUGCUUCGGACGACCGCAUCUCAUCCAGCAUCCGUUGCGCCUGACGCUACUCUAGAGGAUUGGUGUCGAGCUGUGGCCGGCGAUCGACUAGGUCUCGAUAUGCUUGGACUGCUGUUGAUCAUCGCUGCACAGAUUCAGCACAUUGCGAGCGCUACCUCUUCGUCUCCGUCUCGGUCAUCAAGCUUCGUCAAGUUAUAUGAAUGCGGGACCAUUUGUUUGCAGACUUGUCGAGAAAUUUCCCAAAUUGCAAGCGAUGUGCAAGUUUGGUUGGCCUAUCAUCAGCUCCUGCUUACCAUGCGACUGUACGGACAUUCUGGUAAUUAUUACUCUCACACAUCUUUGACAAUGCAUGUUCUGACGAAGAACGAUCUCGCAGCUCCGCAGGUCUGGCGGCUCCUGGGCGACCUCGGCACCGAUGUCACAUCCGCUGGUUUGUACAAAAACAGCACCAUGUGUUUAAAAUCUACUCCAGGAUUUCUCUCCGAAUGUCGUCGCAAUUCUUUUGCUGCAUGUUUCACAAUCGAUAAGAUCCUCGCUACAGUGUUCGAGCGCCCGCCUCGUCUAUCGUUUCGUUUUUGCGACAUCGAGCCAGACAUGAAACACGCACACAAUGGUCUAUCUAGCCAUCAACGAUCCCGAUGUUCGACACGCCAGUCUACAUCUAAGGCCACCACAUGCCAACACAACACGAAUCAGAGUGCUUUCACAUGGGUUUGGGCGAGCUACGGUGCUAGUCGGCUUCGAGAAGAGAUCCUUGAAGCACUUUUCGAAACCGAGACCACAGAUGAUGGCAACAUCAAGCUCAGUCAACUACUCCAAAGCUGUGAGCAACAUUGGCUCUCUCUCCCAGAGCACGUUCGAUACGACGCCGUCGACGAAAGCAAUACAGAGCGCGACACCCAAGAGAACCUCGUGUGCGCAGCGACAUAUCUAUUCCACCUGCAAAACCUUGUUUGUAUUCUACGCCAGCUGCAACAAGGCGAAGGAGGACAAAUUUUCCGCCGCCGUCUGCUAGAAACCUCAACCAAAAUCCUCGUCGUAUUGAAUAAGAUCGGCACAAACACCGCGCCCCACCUACGCCCGACAUGCGUGAAUCUUUUUUGCAUCUACGGACUGUCCAGCGCAGCUGCUCUGAUCAAGGCCCUGCGGCAAGCUUCGGCCGAAUCUCCGGUCGACCGAUCGCAAGUUGUCCGAAGUCUGACGAUUUUCUCAAUCAACCUGGAAGCGUGCUGCUCACCGCCCGAUGCCGUCUAUGGCCUGUGCACCGAGGCUUCACGUGCAAUUUCGAAGGCACUCGAUCGGUCUAUGUAAUGUUGCAAGAAUUGCGUUGGUGUUCGUUAAGUUUGUUGCUUGGUGACAAGGCGAUGAUGGAUGAACAGUGUCUUGGUGAAUGAAAUCGUAAUCGUCGUGGUUUCUUGGUCGAACUUUAUUCAGAAAAACAGUGACGUGAAUUCCUAUCAGUGCCAUCUCGCUGAAUAUAUCAACUCGCCUCUAUGACACAUUUUCUUCUAAG